CAGCCUGAUGAGUUUGUGCAGAAGUUGACGGAAGCGGUCGGCUGCAAGAACACACGGAGGAUUAGGAAAGAGAGGCUGUGUGACAAUCGGCGUGUUUCAUAAGUCAGCGUGUGCUCGUUGACUUCGACACUCCAGCCUUUUCGUUUGGAAACGGCUUCGGAAAGCGCCGAUACUCUCGCCGACCACCUUGGCCGCCCUCCGGGAAAGACGGCAGGCGCCUGCCCGCUUUCGGAAAAGCCUGUCCGCCUGCAGAUUCGGGCGACCCCGGGGGAUGAUCUUCGGCCUCUGCGAGGGAGCCGCUACCUGUUGGAUUUUAAGGCUUAAAACGGGUUGUGAUCACGUGACAUGUGAGUGAAGAGAACUUGGGGAGGAGCGAUGAUUUCUACUCACACACCGGAAAGUGGCCCUGAGCCUAAAGAAGUCAAACAGGGGCUCAAGACCACGCUGGCCUUGUCGCUCAAGGAGCUGCAGAAGCGCUACGUGAACUCCGACGCCGCCGUCACCAGCGACGACGGGGACGCCAACGUCCUGUGCAGCGCGCUGGAGGCCGUGUUCAUCCACGGCAUCAAGACCCGGCACAUCAGGACCGAAGCCGGGGGCAGGGGGAAGAAAGCAGGCUCGCGGGCUCCUCUGCCACAGCCCGUGUUCUGGACUCUGCUGAAGACCAUCACGCACCGAGAUGUGACCACAGAACUGGAACAUCUGAACUUCAUCAACACGGAUGUCGGCCGCUGUCGGGCCUGGGUUCGACUGGCACUCAAUGAUGGCCUGAUGGAGUGCUACCUCGUAUCCCUGCUCCGCGAGAGGUCCAAGCUCUGCGAGUACUACCAGCCCGCGGCUCUACUGCUUGACACGGAGGACCGCGAAGUUCUGCUGACGUACCUGCAGGGCCUGACCUCGCUGUCCUUCCAGCUCUCCUACAAGUCUGCCAUGCUGAACGAGUGGACUGUCACUCCUCUAGUGAUGGCCGGGCUUGUGCCCAGUUCUGACUCCUUCGACCUCCUCACUUCUUCCAAUGGCGACGCUAAGUGUAAGGAGUCCUGGGAUUCUGUGUCCCAGUCUUCUGGUUCCGAUAUCAUCGAAGUCCAUCACAACUCGGGGCAAGGCUUGUCUCAGGGUAGGAACUCUGGGAAGACCAAGCUCACCUCUUCCAACUUGAGCCUGGACACCACCGGCUCCUCCCAGCUGUCUUCCAGCCAGAGCUCGGACAGCCUCCCCCAGGUUAAUGGGCACAAGAGUCCAGAUACUGCUCUCGAGGAGCAGUGGUCACAUGCCUUUGAUGUCAUCUCCGAUGAGGAUCCUGGGAAACCUGUAAAAGAGAUAAUUGUGGAUUUCAGCGAAGGUGCCAGUUCCACGCCGGACCCCACGAGGGAAGACUCCUAUGCUUCGAGUCAGCCGCCAGAUCAUUCCCUCUCGGAGACGGCGGAAUCUAGCGGCACGGACAGCGAGGCGGCCUCUCCGGUCUCUCCCGCAGCCCCGCCCGUGGAGGCGGAGCCGACUGUGGCCCCGCCUCCGGAGCCCCGCCCUGAGAACGCGGGCAGAGGAGCGCCCGGCCCGACGCAGCCGCCUGCCUCUGCCCGCGCUCCGGAGUUUCCUGUCCUGAAGCAGGAGAAGAAAAGGAGGCUGAAACUGAAAACCCCUCUUCCCGAACCCCAUGCCUGUGUGAGUGAAGAGCGAAGACCAGAGGCCACACCACGAACCCCAGAGAGCAGCCCCAGCAGGAAAGAGUCUGUUGAUUGCCUGUAUUCUCCCACCACAGGGCUUCCAAAAUACCCUAGCUGGAUCUCCGAGGACGAUUUUUACAAACCGUGCCCGGAGGAGACCCCCAAGACAAAGGACGUCCUCGGUUUCAUCGACAGCCAUGAGAACGGCGGGGGCUCGGUCGGCGCAGAGCCGGAAUGGGCGCCCCCCAGCGUGGUUCACCGAAAAGGCACGGGCUUGACGAACCUGUUCCGCGGGCUCCUGAAGCUGGGGAACCUGGAGAGGCGGCGAGGGCCCGUGGGGAUGUGGCGGGAGUACUACUGCGAGCUGUCCCCGUACGAGUUCCGCCUCUACCCCGACGAGGAGGAGCGCUCGUGCUGCGAGAACUGCUCCCUGCUGCGCUGCGAGUCGGUCCGGGCGCCCUCCAGCGACGGGCGCUUCGAGCUGCACUUCACCGGCAAGAGGCUCUACUUGAGGGCCCCGUCCCAGGGCGAGGCGGAGGACUGGGUGGACAUGGUGUGGGAGGCGGUGAACAAGUGCCGCCCAGCCCAGCCGGACGACCAGUGGGAGAUCCUGCCCGAUCCCGUCGGCAGGGGGGAAGUGGGGUCGGGACCUCCUUCCUCUGCCUCCUCCCCUCCGGCGGAGCAGCCCGGCCAGGGGGGAAGUCCUCCGCCCCUUUUGAGCUGGGCCCGGCACACCGAACCCGAGCAGGAUGCCAUUAAAGAGACCGUCCUGUACCUCCUCGCAGACAAGACCUGGGCGCCUUACGUCUUUUCGCUCUCCCUGGAGGCCCUCAAGUGCUUCCGGGUUCAAGAUCAGAAGAAGAUCCCGCACAGCACGCAGCAGAUCGAGUCUAUCCGAGACGUGGUGCCAGACACCACCCUGGGGAGCCCGGCCUUCUUCAAAGUCCUGACGACGAAGGCCACCCUCAAGCUUCGGGCCGAGAACGAGGAGGAGGCCAGGUCGUGGCGGGAGCUCAUCCGCGGGGCCUUGAACUGUUACCUGGAGACCUCCGAGGUCACGGCUGCAGGGGACAGCGCGGGGAGUACCAUCCAUAGACUGGUCCAGCACAGCCUCAAAGGGAACGGUGUUUUACUGCCUUAUCUCUGCACUGUCCCUACGGAGAAAGGACUGGACGUGCAGAACUUCAGAUGUGCAGGGUGCUCCAGACAGAUCGGCUUCUCCUUCGGAAGACCGAGGUUGUGUGAAUACUCUGGAAUGUAUUACUGUGAUGGAUGCCACCGGGGAGAUGUCUCGGUCAUCCCUUCCCGAAUCAUUCACAACUGGGAUCUGUCAUUAAGAGAAGUCUCCCGAAAGGCGCUGAGGUUUCUCAGUCAGAUUGCCCACGAGCCCCUGAUAGACGUGGAGUCGCUCAAUCCCAGUCUGUAUGACCACGUGGAGCAGUUGAAACAGACGCUCAGCAGCCGGCAGAAGCUGAGGCUGCUGGGAGAGUACCUGAUCACGUGUCGCAGUGGAGGAAUGAAGAAGAUGCAAGCUCAACUCAAUCAAAGAAAUUACAUUCUGGAGUCUGCUCACCUCUACAGCGUUGCAGAUUUACAACAGAUGGUGGAAGGACAGUAUGAAGCUUUCCUGCAGUCGAUCAUCCAGUUUGCUUCCAACCACGUGUACCACUGUGACCUUUGCACCCAAAGAGGCUUCAUCUGCCAGAUCUGCAACCACAGCGACAUCAUAUUCCCCUUUGAGUUUGAGUCAACAACUCGAUGUCAAAAAUGCAAGACUGUGUUUCACUCCACCUGCAAAAAACAGAACCCUGCCUGCCCUCGGUGCCAGCGUUUACAGAAAUACCUGGAGAGGGAGCUGCAGGACUGAAAGGCUUCACUCCUAUGGGAGAGGCCUUUGGAGGAGCAGCUUGGGACUGCGACAGUGCACAUGAAGCACAUGCAGUGGUGUAAGAUUAACCUUUAUGGUGAACAGGUUGAUUUAGAUCACUUCCUUACGUUCACCUGAUGGCGCUCUGUUCCAGAAGAGCGCAAGGGGGGGGUCAGGUGAAGGUGAUGUUUUGAAGAACCAAACAAGGUGCCAAACAAGGUGGCUUUGAAAAGCAUUGAUUCGGGGAAUCGAGUGAAAAAGCAGCGAGAGACACAAAUGCAUUAAUGAACUCUUCGGAUCUCCGUGGCCUUGUAAAUCACGCGUCGCUAAAGUGCACGGCCUAUUCUCGCUGCUGCAGGUUGUUUCUGAAGCUUCAGAUUGAGUGUGUGGAGGAGAGAGGUUUUUGUGAAACCCCUCCGAAUUGUUAACACUAACAGGUGGAAUUUGGCGGCUGUUACCUGUAGAUCCGAAGAAUGUUUUCUCCCUGGAAAAGCUCAUAGGAAGCCAUGAGCUGGAAGAGAGAAGGUCAAGUUGUUCGUCAUUAAUUUACCUGAUCCCUUUUCCCCAAAAACGCAUCAUGAGCGGAGGGUGGGGGGGGUGGAGGUCUUUUUUUUUUACGGUAAAGAAAUCCAGGCAGUUUGGGCUCUUUCUUUCCAUUGGGAUCAUCAAGAAUGAGGACCAGAAAAGCUCUUUCCCAUCUUACAUCAUCUAUCCGUCUGGGACCUCAUCCCGGUUUGUAGAUGGCAUUAAGUGAGUUGAUGGGUUUCCCACAGAGGUGCCAAGUGCCAACAUUAAUUGCCCAUUCUACAGUUUUUUGUGAUGUGCAAUUUAUUUUUUCAUCAAAAUUAUACCUCUGUCAAACAGCACCUAUGCAUUUUUUCCAUUUAGUAGGUUUAUUUUUAAAUGCCUGCUUUUUUUUCUCCCUACAUGUUUACAGCAUAAAGACUCUUUCUGCACUUUAUAGAUUUCACUUCCUUCUUUUCUUAAAGGCAUGGUUAAUGCUAAGACAUCAGUUACUUUUGUUGCAGUAUAAUCCCAAAUUAAAUGAAAUAUGAUCACAGUUCUGAAAAUAAAUGAAGUGAUGCAAUCACUGUUUUUGGAAUAGUGAUGUCAAGUCUGCUUCAUAUGUUUGGAGAAAGAAAAUAGAUUUUAUUGCAAUAUAUAUAAAAUACAGAGUGAAAUUAUUUAUGCAGAUGUUUCAUCAUACAUAAUUUUUCAAAAGAAAAUUUAGGCACAGGUAAAGUUUACUUUGUGCUUCAGAGUAAUUUACUGAUAUGUUUAUGCUUUGGUGAAAAUGUGUUUUCUUCUGAACUGGUGCUUUGGUAAUGGUCUUCCAUUCUCAUAUUGUAGCUAUAUUUAAAAUCCUAAGGAAAUGUUGUUGUUGUUAUAAGCCUGUUCCAGAACUAUGGAAAGAAAGGAUCUAAUUCCCAUGCACAUAGUUCAUUUUAUUAUAAAGAUUAAAAUAGGGACUUAACGAUCCAAGUACAUUUUUGUUACCUAGCAAUGGUGAUAAAAUUAGAAUAAUUAUGGGAUUUUCCUAGGUUUACAUUUGUGGUUAUAUAUGAAGGGAAUAUACUUCGAUAAUGUUCAAUGAUUUAUGUGGUAAGAACUUUAAAUCAGCAUGUCAAAAAACUCCUAAGCUAUUCAUGUUCUUAAAUUAAAUUACUAUCAAUAAAUUGUGCCUUCAUCUUUUA